GGCGGCACGAGCGUGGAUUGGCCUCUCAAGUCGGCCAAUCUAGCGAGGCCUUGGGAGGCUCGGCCCGCGACGACGCAUCGCCCCAGCCGAAGCGCCUUGUCAUCGACAGCUACGGCGGGCGCGACUUCCAUGGCAGGGGCGCCCGCGGUAUCACCGCCCCGAAG